AUGCCACGCUCACCCUCGCUCUUCCCGCUGCUGCUGCUCCUGCUGCCGCCGCCGCUGGCCCCAGGCCUCGGGCUCCGCGCCACCGGCGGCCGGCGCCCCGAGUGCGGUCCGUGCCGGCCGGAGCGCUGCCCGGCGCCCGCGCGCUGCCCCGCGCCCCGGGUCGCGGCGCGCGACGAGUGCGGCUGCUGCGUGCGCUGCCUGGGCGCCGAGGGCGCGAGCUGCGGGGGGCGGGCGGGCGCGCGCUGCGGGCCCGGCCUGGUGUGCGCCAGCCGCGCCGCGGGGGCGGCGCCCGAGGGCACCGGGCUCUGUGUGUGCGCGCAGCGCGGCGCCGUCUGCGGCUCCGACGGCCGCUCCUACCCCAGCAUCUGCGCGCUGCGCCUGCGCGUCCGGCACGCGCCCCGCCCGCACCCUGGCCACCUGCACAAGGCGCGCGAUGGCCCCUGCGAAUUUGCUCCUCUGGUCGUCACGCCACCCCGGAGUGUUCACAACGUCCCCGGGGCCCAGGUGAACCUGUCCUGUGAGGUGAGGGCUGUGCCCACCCCUGUCGUCACGUGGAGGAAGGUCACACAGUCUCCUGAGGGUACCCAGGUGCUGGAGGACCUGCCUGGGGACCACGUCAAUAUCGCUGUCCAGGUGCAAGGGGGCCCUUCUGACCACGAGGCCACAGCCUGGGUUUUGAUCAAGCCUCUGAGAAAGGAAGAUGAGGGAGUGUACUUGUGCUCUUCAGCCAACGUGGUUGGGGAGGCUCAGGCCCACGGCACGGUGACGGUUCUAGAUCUGAGUAAAUACACAGCCCCCCACCCCCCAGCUCCAGACGACCGCAUGUGAUGGAGUCAGGGUCUUAGAAACGUUGAUGACAGGAUGUUGGAAGAGUCAAGUCAUGCAUCGUUUUCCUUGUGAAGAGUUGGAGAAACUGUGUUUGUAGAUGACCCCUUUUGUAUGUUUUUACAAAUUAGAUGCAAACUAGAUUCCUAUGCAGAUGUAGUUUUUAGCAGGGCAAGCAUUGGGAAACCAGACUGCAUGUGGCUUUUUUAUACUUUUGAAAGGAAUUGCUCUGUGAGAAUUCUUUUUUAACCUAACCUCUCCCAGGGAAGGUCACCUGAUGGUAUGUUUGUAAUUCUAAAGGGCUGGAAAAAGAAGUCCUGUGUCAGCCGUGAGUCUUUACCUCAUUUCUCUGUGACUGAUCAGUGUGUGUUGUAGGAGGAGGGGGUAGGGCCACGCCGUCCUCUGCCUGCUGACUUGCUGUGUGUCCCCUCUCUGGGCCUUUGUCUCCUCACCUGGGAAUGCGGCAUUUGGACUAGAGGUUACCCGUGUCCUGUUGAGCCCUGCCAUCCUAGAGUAAGAUGGCCCUGUGGGAAAAAUAGGGGAGGUAUAGUCUUAGCAUCCCUUUUAAGUUCCCUCCAAAACAGUUGCCGUGGCUUCAUGCUAGGCUGUGGAGCUGGCCAUAGCUCUUCCUUCCCUGCCAUUUUCCCACCUUAAAGAGAUGGAGUCCUUGGCUGGGUGUUUGGGGAUCAAGAUGUCCCCUUGUCAGCAAGCUCAGCGUUCUCUAACCAGGUGGGCAGUGGACCCCUGGCUUCUGGGCAUCAAACUGAGGAAAGGGGGUCAGAGGCUUCUUUCUCUGGGCUGUGGGAUUAGAGUGUAGUAGAAUACCUUUUACUUGGAGAGGUUUUGACCUUACCCAGGAAUAAGGCUUUCUUUUCUUUUCUCUUUUUCUUUCUUUCUUUCUUUCUUUUUCUUUCUUUUCUUUCUCUCUGUCUCUUUCUUUCUUUCUUUCAAGAAGAGUACUUAAUAUUUGGUGAAAAAAUAGACCCCCUAGGUGAUUCAAAUUUGUUUUUAAGUCAGAAUUGGGAUCUCAUUUGUGUCUUGUCCUUCAAGUUCAUGAAGCACUUUUCCAUCUGUGGUCACUCCCAACUCCAGGAUGGCAGGCAGGGCGAACACAGAUGUCCCUCCCCCUUUGCAGAGGAAGAAACCAGGCUCUGAGAGGGAGGCGCUGAGAAGGACGGGAACUCAGGGCACCUGGCCCUGGUUGGCACCCUUCCCACGCUGCUGCUCGGGUAAUCUCCUAGCUGUGGAAAGGAAGGUGCUGCCUGUUCCAUGGGCCCCGAGGAUCUUACCAAGGUCCCGCUCAACUUUUACAGCACACUCCCAGGCUGCUCCCACUGAGCAUGACAUUCUGGAAUCCUUUUUGGAAUUAAAUUUUCUGCCUUUGAGCCUGGCCAUUACAUAUCUGAAAUAGUGCGGUGGUAUCACCCUCAUGUACUACAUGGCAGGAGCAUGGCCUGGGAAUCUGGAAACAUGAGGUCCAUUUGGGAAUUCAUCCCUGGCUUGCUGCCUGACUCCGAGCAAGUCCCCUUCACCUUCCGGACCACAGUUUUCCUCAUCUGAAUAAGAAGGGAACGAAACUAGAUGGGUGGUUUGCAAACUUUAAAACAUCGGGUCCCCUUUCUUUGAAUAAGAUCAGAGCUGAAACUGGUUAACUGGAAGCUGUGCUUGUCUGUUGGAGGUUGGGGCUGCAGGGGACCCGCUCACACCCCCCCUACUCAGCACCCCCGAUGCCCUCCCCACUCUGCCCGCUGCCCUACCACGGGGGUUUCUGUAUCCAGGGUCUGCAGCUAAGUCUUCUGGGGUGUGAAUAGUUAGGAGAAGACUUGCUUGGUAAGGCACUUAGUGAAACUGUCAGGAGAAGCAGGGAUGUUACGGCGGAUGUUAUCCUGGAGAAGGUACUAGAACAAUCCGGCAUCUGCUGAUAGGCACAUUCAGCAAAAAUCACUUGACCCACCUCACAUGUGCCCAGUCACAGUUGGAGAGCUGGGUCUAGACGCAGAGAGCAGGGCAGAUGGAGCGCUUGGGUGCCAGAGCUGAACAUCGAAACCACAGGAGGCUGGGUUCGCAGGGUAAGGAUGUGCAAAAUAAUAAUAAUAAUCAUGAACGCUCUCCAAAAUUUUCACCAAAACCAAAAAGGCAGAAAAACAGAAUUGUUCCAACCUCAUGACUUUUCAACCAGGGGAACCCCAGACCUCUCCAGGGGCUGAGAGCACUGUGCUCUGGUUUUUGCCCUUCAGAAACAUGGUGCCCCAAAGCCUGUGUUUUCUGCCCUAUUGUCAUAAAUGUGAUGAUGUCACAUGACCCCUGCAUCUGAAAAUAAAUGUUUUUAAAGA